AUGUUCUCUCUUUUUCUGGCCCUGGUUGGCCUUCUUCCCAUCAUCGUGGCAUCCCCGCUCCCUGCCGAAUACCGAAGAACAAUGACUUCCGACGAAAAUCAUGGCAACAGACUGGUUUUCUGUCAUUUUAUGAUGGGAAUCGUUAGCAACCGCCAAAGUUCUAGCGAUUAUGACGACGAUAUGAAACGUGCAAAAGAUGCAGGCAUCGAUGCAUUUGCUUUGAACAUUGGUACCGAUGACUAUACUGAUACUCAGCUGGCCUUUGCGUAUCAGUCUGCGGCUGAACAUGACAUGAAGCUAUUCAUCUCUUUCGACUUCAACUGGUGGCAGACAAGUGAGGCCGCUGCUGUCGGAAUGAAAGUCGCAGAGUUCGCCAACCACCCUGCACAGCUCCUGGUUGACGGCAGGGUCUUUGUGUCUUCCUUCUGCGGUGACGGUGUCGAUGUCAACGAGAUGAAGGCAGCUGCCGGCAGUGAUCUCUAUUUCGCCCCCAACUAUCAUCCCGGUCACGGUGAUUUCGGCGAUGUCGAUGCUGCUUUCAACUGGAUGGGCUGGAGCAGUAAUGGACAAAACAAGGCUCCGACUGAUGAAGCCCACGUCUCAGUUGUGGACGGCGAUAAUGCUUAUAAAGAGGCUCUCGAUGGAAAGCCUCUUCUUGCGCCUGUCUCCCCAUGGUUCUCAACCCACUACGGUACCGAGGUCUCCUACAGCAAGAACUGGGUGUUCCCCUCCGACCUCCUCUGGUACAAUCGAUGGAGAGAGAUCUUGGAGACCGGUCCUCGAUUCGUGGAAAUCGUCACCUGGAACGAUUAUGGCGAGUCGCACUAUAUUGGACCGCUUUCAUCACCCCACACCGAUGACGGUGCCUCCAAAUGGGUGAUGGACAUGCCACACAACGGCUGGCUUGACAUGGCUAAGCCGUUCAUCGCCGCCUACAAGGCUGGCUCGGAAACACCGAUCGACUUCCUCGAGGAAGAGAAGCUAGUCUACUGGUACCGUCCGACACCUAAAGAAGCCGACUGCGAUGAAACCGACACCACAAUGCACGGGGACGCCGACAACUCCAGCGGCAACUUCUUCCGCGGCCGACCGGACGGUGCCGAUAGCAUGGCUGACGAGGUGUUCAUUGUCACUAUGCUGAAGGGGCCCGCGACCGUGGAGGUCCAAUCUGGUGAUCAUGUCGAGACCUUCGAGGCCGAUGCAGGUGUAUGGUCGCAUUCGGUCCCCAUGGGCGUGGGGGCGCAGACCUUCAAGGUCACCCGUGACGACGAGCCAGUCGAUUCUUUGUGCGGGACUAGCUUGAGAGAUAUCACGGACACUUGCCCCUGUGGCAUCUAUAACUUCAACGCCUAUGUGGGCACUCUGCCGGCGGAAGACUUUAUCGACGAGCUGCAGCCGGCUGGGUUGACGAUGCUGACUGAAGGAUUGCAAGUCGAGUGUGCCGUCAACGCUCUUGGCAGUGGUCGUGCAUAG